UGAAAGCCAGAGGAGAGACCCUCGGGGUCGAAGGUUCUGCCCUGCCUGCCACGACCUUAGCCUGUCAAGGUAUCGAAAUUAGACCCAUUUCCCGCGGAAUAUCAUACCAGAUUACGCAGAAAGGUCUCCGCGACACAUUUCGGACCACGGAAGAAGAUGGGUCAGUGCUGAUGCGCCAUUCUUCUGGAGGAUGUUUCUGUGUGAGUUGGAACCUGGACCUUUCUGACCUGCUCAUGUCCCCUUCAGCCAGGCCAUGGCUCACAGGAUCUCGUCUCAGAGCAAGGCCAGCAUCUCCGUGGAUGAGUACAGUACUAACCCCACACAAGCCUUCACCCACUACAACAUCAACCAGAGCCGCUUCCAGCCACCUCAUGUGCAUAUGGUGGAACCUAUCCCCUAUGAUGCCCCCAAGCCUGCAGGUCACACUCGUUUUGUUUGCGUCUCGGACACACACUCAAGGACAGAUGGCAUCCAGAUGCCGUACGGUGAUGUCCUGCUCCACACGGGCGACUUCACAGAGCUGGGCCUGCCAUCCGAGGUGAAGAAGUUUAAUGACUGGCUAGGUACUCUACCCCACGAGACCAAGGUUGUCAUCGCUGGGAACCAUGAACUGACCUUUGAUAAGGACUUCAUGUCAGAGCUGGUCAAGCAGGAUUACUACCGCUUUCCCUCCAUCUCCAAGUUGAGACUUGAGGACUUUGACAAUGUGCAGUCUCUGCUCACAAACUGUAUUUAUCUCCAAGACUCAGAAACCACAGUCAAGGGAUUCCGGAUCUACGGUGCACCCUGGACCCCCUGGUUUAACAACUGGGGCUUUAACCUGUCACGCGGCCAGGCUCUGCUGGACAAGUGGAACCAGAUCCCUGAGGGCAUCGACGUCCUCAUGACUCACGGGCCCCCCCUUGGUUUCCGGGACUGGGUUCCCAGGGAUCUGCAGCGGGUAGGCUGUGUAGAACUCCUGAACACGGUACAGAAGAGAGUUCGUCCCAAGCUACAUGCGUUUGGCCACAUCCACGAGGGAUAUGGCAUCAUGACAGAUGGCUCCACAACAUUCAUCAACUCCUCCACCUGCACAGCCAGCUACCAGCCGACCAACCCCCCAAUUGUCUUCGACUUAGCCAACCCUCAGAGCUCCUGAGAGGGCACCAGCUUAGUACCUGACUUUACCAUAUUGUUGGUCUACUCCUCACACAAGGAAAAUAUAGGAGGGCAUAAGGACUGACUGCAUCUUGGAACAGAUCUGAGACCUGUUGCCAGUCACCCACUGGAGCUCCUCUCGAGAAUGAACUCCUGGACCCAGCCAUAUUGAUACCGUGUUGUACAAACCUCCGUUUAGAACUUUUGGAACUACCAGUGGCAUUUGCUUGUGUACCAGAACACAUAAGCUUCUGAUUUGACAGACUCAUCUGAAAAGUGCAUUUAAGGGUACUGCAAUUUGUCAGCAAUACUGUAUUUGACCUACGUUUCUAAUUUAAAAGUGGCUUUGUUGAUGUAUAUUUGCUUAUUUAUUGAAGGCCUUUGUAUUAUUAUUGAGGUGAGAUUUUAGAAGCCUGGAAUCCCCUUGUGCAAACUCCACCAUGCUGGUUCCUGCUCGCCAAUACCAUGAAACUCACCAAUCACAAUACGAUUUAGCAGGUAUAUGUGCUCAAGAACAGCUUCAAUCGGGUUACCCCCUCUGUAAAAUGAAAUUUCAAAUGGAUGGUGACUUGACAAUUUAGAAUUGUAUUGAUUGUAAAAUUAAGGAUGAGUGUCUGUAUGUAUGUGUUUGUACAUUACAUAUGCAUAUACAUUGUAUGACUCAACAAUUUUAUUUGAUCGUUUUUUGUUAUUAUUAUUUAAUGGAAUCCAGGACAUUUGAUACAAUGUGAAGAUUAAACAAAAGCUUGUAAACUUUCUGUAACCAAACCACCACUGUUGGUGAACUUCGCUGUCCUUGGUGGUGUAAAAUGGUAUCAUAAUUAUCUAACAAUAUGUGCGCUUGUAUUGUUUUCUUUGCACUGUGUUGAAAUGCAAUCUUGCUCGCACAAAAAAAAAAUGUAUACAGUCUAUAUUGCCAGUCAGUCACUUCAGUUGCUGUAAAUGCUUUGUACCCUAUGUUUAUGAGACUUUUUUUUAUUCAUCAUGGUAUCUAGCUGACUUUAUAUGCAAAUAAAAUUGCAAACAUUUUUACCUCAA